UAUGAAUCAAAUUUAAUGCGCCUUCAGCGGCAGCAAGCUGUUGUAGCUGCUGGCGCUGCAUAUGCUAAUUUACGUCGAAACGGUUGUGGUUCCGCUUUGCUACCCCCAAAUACAGCGCUCUCAUCGCUGGCACGAGCGGUCGAAACUUUUCCACCAAAAGGUGAAUUCAUUAUCAGCGAAACUCCACGAAACCUUUAUUACUGCUGUCGAAGGCUCUACUUCUACAGUUCAUCAAAGAUAAGAUUUGUUGAACAGGUCAAAAUCAUACAUUAUGGACGGAGUUAA